ACAAGUGUCCGAACCUCGCCGGCAAUCGUCCCUGAGGCUCAGAAUCCCAGCUCCACGACAUGGCCUCCACAGUGUCGACGAUGACUGGUAUAGUAACCGUGUUUACUCUAACAAUUGUAAUCGCGACACUGUCAACGUCUGCAGCGCAUUCUUCGGGAGCAACUUGUCAACAACACCCGACGUUGCAUUCGAUUGUUAAAACAACCGUAACUCCUAGAGAACCAAAGCCAGGACAUGACGGUGAGAAAGCGGCAGGUUGCUCGGUAUACGAAGUGGAGGUCACGAAUCACAUCACGAUAAGCCUGGGAUCUGAGGCAGCGACAAAAGGUACUCCACAUCUAAAUCCUAGUGUUAACAACAACAAUGACUCAUUGACGACGAUUACAAAACAUUGGAGUACGCGAUCUGAUUACGAAAAAUAUGAUGGAGUUGGUUCUUAUAAAUUGCAUGAGUCACCGAGGACGUGGUCGGAGGCAAAGAAGAUCUGCGAAGAAGAAGGUGCCCAUCUGCUCAUAAUUAACUCAAAGGCAGAAGAAGAGGUCAUAAAGAAAGUCAUGAACCGUCACCGUCGCUUGUUCGUUGGAUUCCGCUACCUGAGAGAAGAGAACUACUACGAAACGGUUCUCGGUCAACCUCUCAACUCGACUGGGUACGUCAACUGGGACGAAGAAGCAGACACCAGCGAUAGCGAUGAACUGUGCGGCGCUGUGUGGUUCACAGGGGAGAUCGUGAACGUCAGCUGUAGCGACGAUUAUACGUUUAUCUGUGAGCUGUCAGCGUAGCCACUGCAACUGUACGAAACUUAACAUGCCUGCCGCUGACAGAUUUUGUGGUACCAAUUUUUGUAAAAAUGUUUGUAAAAUAAAUGAACUGUAAUAUCUGAACAAUAUGUAACAAGUAACAGUGAACGAA